AUGUCAACUCAAGCCGCCUCCAACUUCGAGAAGCUACCACAAGAAGAUAAUUAUGAGCCACCGCCAAGUCUUUCUUCGUUGCCAGACGAUGUUGUUUUGAACUGCUUAAGCCGAGUUCCCAGAUGCGAUGACCUAAACAUCUCUUGCGUCUCCAAAACCCUAAGGUCACUCGUGCGUUCCCCCGAGCUCUGCCGCCUGCGAUCUCUUCUCCCCAAGAAGUCCGUCUAUCUCUUCUACUCUUUCCUCCGCCAAGACCCCAAAAAGUGUCACUGGAUCACUCUGCGUCGGGGUGAGAAGACCACUACUACUCAUGACUAUCAGGUGGAACAUAGCUCUUGUUCAUCUUCGGGGACCCCUCCUCGGUUUUCUAGGUUCUGUUCUUCUGCCGUCUCGGUGGGAUCAGAUAUCUAUUUCCCUUGUCCCCCCAAGAAGCUUUGGAUCCUUGAUACUCGAUCUGGUACUAUACGGAUGGGUCCAAGCAUGAAAGUGGCUAGGUGGGUCCAUAAAAAAUCAAUGGGAGUGGUCGACGGGAAGAUAUACGUGAUUGGAGGACUUGAUGUGGAGACUCAAGUGGAAGUGUUUGAUCCAAAAACGCAAACCUGGGAGUUCGCAGGUGAGGAGAAACUGCGAUGUGAGUCGCAAUUUAGUGCCUCGCUGGAGGACAAGGUUUACAUGGUGCAGUUUAAUUAUGGGGGAAUCAGUGCGUAUAGUCCGGAAAAAGGUAUAAGUAACGAGGCGACGGGGUCGCUAAGUGAUAAAAUAAACUGUGUGUGUGUGGUCGAGAAUGUGAUAUAUGCUUGUGUCAAGUGGAGAUGGUUGAUGUGGUUUGACACAAAGCUCAAGGUUUGGAGAAGAUUGAUAGAUUCUGAUGGGAAGGUGACAUUUUGCAUCUUUAAUGUUGAAGAAAUGGCAGAGUACGAGGGGAAGUUAGCGGUUUUCUGGACACACAUUAAUAAUGAUGGUGUGUUGAAGACUGAGAUUAGGUGUAAUAUGAUUGCACUGGAUAGGGUCGGAGAAGAGAUUCGUGGGAUGAUCGAGAGCUCUGGUAUUGUGGCCACAUACCCACAUACCAUUUUUUUAAGCCAAUGUGUAGCAGUGUCUGAUUGA